GUGUGAACGGAUUCUUCCCAGUCUGCCCGACACCAUAAGGUCCGAACCCAAGCCCCCUCAAAGGUACCUGAACCCCAGUCUAGGGUUUUAGCUUCAGCCGACCAGAGAGAAAUCAGAGAGCAGCAACCAUGUUUCCAGGAUUUGUCAUGCGCAAACCAGACAAGGCUGCCGCCUUGAAGCAGCUCAAGGUUCACGUCGCCCUGUUUGGAGCCUGGGUCGCCGCGAUUCGCAUCACCCCUUACGUUCUUCACUAUUUCUUCGAUGAAAGUGAAGAGCUCAAGCUCGAAUUGUAGAUCCCUGUUCUCUGCCUCUCAUUCCUCUCAGCGGGUUGGGAGGCGAGGAUGUGGCUUUGGGAUGGUAAAGAGUUAGCAAGUGUUUGUCUACCUUUUAGCCUGUUAAGAUGCGAGGCCACUAUGUUGUCACAUUAGUUUUUGUUUCUGCUUUGAUCUGUUUGAGAUGGAAGGCUAUACAGUUUUUAAGGAUGGUUGUCUAUAAUUGAGUAUGCUAGUAACAUAUUUUAAAGCAUACUUUUGAUAUGUCAUGUUUUCAUAACAGUAGUAGGCCCUUUAUAUCUUGAACUCGCAAAUAAAUUUUGUGGCUUUUAACUUUCCAUUUUUCUUUUAAAUCUGAACUACAAAAUGAACAAGACAGUAGAUU